CCAAACCCCCAAAACGAAAUUUUCAAUUUCCAGAACCCUCCGCUUCUUUUCCACUCUACACGCUCUCCCCUCUCCCUCGCUGAAGUCUAGGGUUUUUCUCCACUCUUCGAUUUUCAGACUCAACAAUGGCCGCUCCGGCAGCAGUCGCCUCCGCCCCACGCGCAUCCUCAUCAAAGACCGAUACUUUCGUCGACAACAAGCGAAAAGACGACAUCCGAAUGGCUAACAUCUCCGCCGCCCAAUCUGUGGCUGAUGCUGUUCGCACAAGCUUAGGCCCCAAGGGCAUGGAUAAAAUGAUCUCCACAGCCAACGGCGAAGUAAUUAUUACCAAUGACGGCGCCACCAUUCUUAACAAAAUGGAAGUCCUUCAACCCGCCGCUAAGUUCCUCGUCGAGCUUUCCAAAUCUCAAGAUAUCGUGGCCGGUGAUGGUACUACUACCGUUGUCGUUAUUGCAGGAGCACUGUUAAGAUCCUGUCUCUCCCUCCUCACAUCCGGCAUUCACCCAACGAUCAUCUCCGAUGCCCUACAUAAAGCUUCAGUGAAAGCUGUUGAGGUCCUCACAGCGAUGGCUGUUCCAGUUGAGCUCUCGGACAGCGAAUCGCUCGUGAAGUCAGCGAGCACGGCAUUGAAUUCGAAGGUAGUUUCGCAAUAUUCCACCCUCUUAGCUCCUUUAGCUGUUGAUGCUGUGCUUUCUGUUGUGGACCCUGCUAAACCUGAUUUAGUUGAUUUGAGGGAUAUCAAAAUUGUCAAGAAACUAGGGGGUACGGUUGAUGAUACUGAAUUGGUGAAAGGCCUAGUUUUUGAUAAGAAGGUUAGUCAUGCUGCUGGCGGGCCGACUAGAGUUGAAAAUGCUAAGAUUGCUGUAAUACAGUUUCAGAUUUCGCCUCCCAAAACUGAUAUUGAGCAAAGUAUUGUGGUCUCAGAUUAUACCCAGAUGGAUAGGAUUUUGAAGGAAGAGAGGAAUUAUAUUCUGGGGAUGAUUAAGAAGAUUAAGGCAACUGGAUGUAAUGUCUUGUUGAUUCAGAAGAGUAUUUUGAGGGAUGCAGUGACAGACUUGUCAUUGCAUUAUUUGGCUAAGGCAAAGAUUUUGGUGAUCAAGGAUGUGGAGAGGGAUGAGAUUGAGUUUAUCACCAAGACGUUGAAUUGUCUGCCAAUGGCUAAUAUUGAACAUUUCAAGGCAGAGAAGUUGGGCUUUGCAGAAUUGGUGGAGGAGGUCUCACUUGGAGAUGGUGGGAAGCUUGUUAAAAUUACGGGGAUUAAGGAUAUGGGAAGAACUACCAGUGUGCUAGUUCGUGGAUCAAAUCAGUUGGUCAUUGAUGAGGCUGAGAGGAGCUUGCAUGAUGCCCUGUGUGUGGUUAGGUGCUUGGUGAACAAGAAGUUUUUGAUUGCUGGUGGCGGGGCACCUGAGAUUGAACUAUCAAGACAGUUGGGUGCUUGGGCAAAGGUAUUGCAGGGAAUGGAGGGUUACUGUGUGAGAUCAUUUGCUGAGGCUCUUGAGGUGAUUCCUUAUACAUUGGCUGAAAAUGCUGGGUUGAAUCCGAUUGCUAUUGUUACUGAACUGAGGAAUAGGCAUGCACAGGGUGAAAUUAAUGCUGGUAUCAAUGUGAGGAAAGGUCAGAUAACUAACAUCUUGGAGGAGAAUGUGGUACAGCCACUGUUGGUGAGCACUAGUGCAAUUACCUUGGCGACAGAGUGUGUGCGGAUGAUUUUGAAGAUUGAUGACAUUGUUACCGUAAGGUAGAGCUGAACAGACAGUGAAUGUGGUCCACGAGAAAGCUGUCUGUGUUUUGGUUACUUCUGCUGAUAGUACUAGUGGUUUCAUUACUUUUUUUAUUUUAUGUCUAAAAAGGGAUUUUGGGGUCAUUUUUGUCAGCUAUUGUUGAAUCUGACCUCUUUGUUGCUUUAAUGAUCCUCAUGGUUACUGUUUAUUAUUGUAUGCUUAGGAUGUAUGUUUUUCUUUCAUUGGCUGGAUGAAUUGCUCAAAUACAAGCUUGGUGGAAUCAUUUCAGAUUUCA